AUGAGCAAUAAUCAAUACAAUAAUAAAAAGUUGGCUCCAUUUAGAAGAUAGAGAGAUGUUCUAAAAGAAGAAUUAAAAAGACUUUAAUAGGAGUAGACAGAAGAGGAAAAAUUAAACGACUUCUACUUUGACGAGAUUGGUCGUGUUGAAAAAGUAUUUAAUGAAAAUAUUUUAGGAAUAUGAAUUUUUAAUCAAAUCUAUCGAAAAAUAUAGCAAACAGAAUCAGUCAUUAAAAACCAUAUGUCAAACUGAACAAAAUCAAGGUUUAGAUGAAACAAUAGAAAAAAAUGUGAUUGAUACCUUAAAUCUAUUUCUUCUCAGCACGAGCAAAAAGGAGUAUUUAGAAAGCAUUUAAGAACAAGAAAUAUCGAAGAAACAGUUAUAAGUUGGAAAUCUAAUGAUGACCUAAAAUUAGAAAAUUGAAGACAAAGAGAAAGAAUAGGAAAAAGAAAAUGUAAUUCUCGACAAUGGCUACUAUCUAAAAUUGAAAUAGGGCAGCAGCUAAUUAAUAAUUAAAGUACCAGGAUCAAUAAGGACAUUCAAGGAGUUAAAACAAAUUGUAAAGUCAUGUUGUAUGGCAGAGGAAUAAGAGAUAUUUUAUACAGAUUUAAUGGGAAAUGUCCUUCAACCUGAAAUGAAUGUGUUAGAUCAAUUAUAUCCACCAAUUUAUGAGCUGCUUAAAAACUAUCAACCAGUUGUUUGCAUACAAAUCAUUAAAUAAAAAAAAGUAAAAGAAGAUACUAAAUAAACAGAAGCAGAUUUUGCUUUUGAAGGAGGUAUCUAAGAAUUGAUGACUAAAUAACUUAGAUCAAUGAGGAGAAUUGAAAAAUCUAUUAAUUGGUCUAAAUAUAUGGAUUAUUUAACUAGUUUCAAAUAUGUAUUAGAAUCUAUAUUGUUUCUAUCCCUCUUAAUUCUCUAUGCUAUUGUAGAAAUCAACGAAAUGGAUUUUUUUACUAACUCUCAACUUUUAAUGAACUUGAACAUUGAUAUGGCCAUCCAAAAAUCUUAUUUAUCUCCAAUAACUAACAUAUCCUAAAUUAUAUCUUUAACUAUCCCCAAUGGAUCGAACCAUGGUUUGAGUCCAACAUAUCCUCUUCAAUCAGGACUGCUCGUUUAAACUCUUGUUGGUAUAGUAAAUAUUUAAUGAUAAUUAGGAUGACAUUAACAACUGUGAUAUAUUAAAUUAAAAUUAAAAGCAAAUUUAUGUUGAUAAAAAUUAAUCAUGUUUGAUGUUUGACAUAACAUAAACCAGUGAUUUAAAUGACAAUUACUCCAAAUUAGGUUUUGACCCAAAGGUAUACAAUGAAUAAUUUGGAGGCUAUGUUUGGGAGUUCAACAUGAGUACAAGGUAAUCUUUUUAAGAAAGUUAUGAUCUCAUGAUCUCUGAAAAUUGGUUUCAGUUUAAUGUAAAACAAAGUCAAUUCCUUUUGAAUUAUUAUAACAGUCCAACUUAGAGAGUCAUUUCAGUCACUAUCACUACUCUAUAUCUUUUUAAUGAUGUACAUAUGUAUAAAAGAUUCCUAGCGACUCUUAAAUUAUAAUAGUUUUUAAGCAGAAGGCUUUAAUAUAAGUGAACUUCCAUCACAAGUUCUAGUUAGCAAAGACAUAAUAUUCUAUUGUUCUAUUGUCUUGUUAAUCUCCUCGUUUUUUGGUAAGUAUAAAUUAAAUUGAUUUAGAUUUCUUUGGCUUGUAUUUUGAAGGGACUAAAAAUAAUUUGAUUGUGAUUUACUUGCAAUAUUUAGAAUUGUUGAAUAGGAAGAAAAAGAUGGAGGCUAAGAGGAAAAUGAUCAGUGAAAGUGAUUAGAAAAAUAUAUAGUAAAAAGAAUUGAUUGUAGGAGAAUAUGUAAUAAUUAACUUAAAGGUUAUCUAUAUUACAAUUAGAAUUCCUCUAGUUUUCGAUUAUAUUUGUAAAUUAAAUAUCUGAUUGUAGAUAUCUUAUGCCAAUUUGGAAUGGUUAUGAAGAACACUGUUGACUCUUAUUAUGAGGAGGCUUUAAAAGAAAUAGUUUUGAAUUCAGACUAAUAUUAAGAUACAAAUGGUUUAAUGGAACCCUUAUUUGUGGGUAGAGUAUUUUCAGCUAUUUUGGUGAUAUUUUUAAUGAUUUCUAUAGUGAGAUUUAUGGGAAAUUGGAGUCCAUAUCUUAAGUGUUAUGGAUUGGUUAUGAUAAGGGUAUUUGAUAUUAAUUCUAAUUUCAUAGUUUAAUAAAGAGUCUUGGUUCUUGUUACUAGUUUUAAUUUAUAUAAUCAGUGUUUGUGCUAUGUCAUGGAUUGUAACAAUUCAAGGCAAGCUAGUAAAUCAUGAUAAUUUCUUCUAUACUUUUUUGGGAUUGCUUAGGUGUACUUUAAGGUUUGGAUUGGAUAAUGAUCUUGAGCAAUAAGGGUUUUAUAAUACAUAUGCCAAAGAUGUUAUCUAUUCUUUUGAAACAAAAUACGUAAAAUCACUAUUAAAAUAUUAGUUGCAAUACAUUAUAAUAAUAACCAUCACAAUGAUUAUGAUUCCUAUAUUUAUUUCUCUAAUGACUGACUUAGUUCAAAAUACAAAAGUAGAAGCAAAACAGAAGAUGAUGGAAAUGAAAAAGCAGAGUUAAGAUUGA